UCUCUCUCUCUCUCUCUCUCUCUGUCUGGCCCGCUCGGAUACCACCAUCGCCAAUUCUUACCUCUUCUCUGCAAAUCAACCACUUGUACUCCUAUACCUAGGCAUCUUUCACUCCCGACAGAGACGCGGUAUUUGUCACUGGCACAACCAGCCCGCGAUCAGUGUGACCCUCUGCGAUUCCGUCCCCUCCCACCUCUGUUGUUGCAUCUGGCCAUUCUGUUGGCUCCGUGCGCGCCCGCUCGCCCGCUCCCCGCAGCCUCGCUUUGGCUGGUCGCUUUACGAGGUUGACGCUCUGCCAGCCGUGAAUGCAGACGGACGCUUUGCCCUAAUCGUGCUUCUCGCCCAAUUGUUAGUCCUUCUAGAUCUCAUGCCACGUUCUCACUUAAAACGUUUGAACCGGCACUAGAGAUUUUUCCCACAAUUGGUCUUCCCCACUUUCUCGUUCUCUUUUGCUCCCCUUGUCGGUGAUUCGAUCCGGCUUCGCUCCUUGAAUAUUACCACGCCCCGUCGUCCAUUCCCCGACAUCCUCUCUUCAACGACCGCCGCCGUUCCUUGUCCACGAAUUCUCCCUUGACGUCCUGUUCCUCACUCAAUCUCUGUCGCAUCCCGUCCCUCGCUACCAAUACACCGUAUCUUUCUGCUGCAUUUAGACCUGCGAACCUGCUACAGGUCUACGUUCACCUCGAGAGUUCUUUAGCAGUGAAGGGGUAUCGUCUUCUACCCGAAGCCAGAACUUGACCUGAGAGCGGAAAGUCGCAAUUCGUUUCUCGAGAAAAAGCUUUGCAUCUUGAUCGCCCUCAGAUAUCCAAUUUACGUCUUGUCGAAUUUUCCGACGCAUCAAUACGAUCCGGAUCUUUUUUUCCUUUUUGCGCCAGUGUACCAUACCCAUCAGCAACAAAAGUGCCAAUUCGCAGCUUUACAGAAUCUUCUUCGCGACCAACAAUCGUUGUUGCAUAUUCUUGAUACCCACGUUACUUCUAGGACAUGAGAUAACGUUUUUGUUUCGGCUUCAAACUCCUUCAAACGCUCAUUUCUCGAGUGAUCGCGAAUCGCCAUGGACUCGACUCUUGGCCAUCGCCCCUGGGGGCCGACCACCGCUGGGCCAGCCCCAGUCGCAACAUCCUCACAGACACUACCUUCAAUUUCCACUCUCACCGCAAGCAUGGCUCAUCCUCCAGGACCUGCGGAAAAGUCGCCGGGGAACGCAUCUCUGAAUACGAUUGAACGCGACUCUGGCAACUGGUCAAUGCCUCCGAGUACAAGAUCCUCCACCUAUUCUACGGCCACGAACGGCACCGGCAACCAACCGACCCUUUCCUUCCUCACAUCCUCUCAACCCUCGCCUAAACGCGUCUCGUACGUCUCCGAACGAUCCCCUUACUCCACCUCUAGUGAUCAACACACAACCACCCCUCCGUCGGCUGGAGCGCAACCUUCUCCAAACUUUGCCUCGACGCAGCCGGGUUCGGCCCUGCCUUCCCUCAACCAGAACUAUGAAGUUCCUUCACAACGUGGCAGUAUUGCGGAGCCUGUGGAAUCACGGCGGAGUAGCGUGGACAGCAGGAUGAACCAGGGCAUCAAUGCGUUGAACAUAAACCCUGCUUCUCCGUACCACAGCACGAAUGCUUCUCAAUCGUCGAUUGUGUCAGGGUUGCAACGCGAGCGUGGAAUCUCGACGGAUAUGAACGCUUACCGGGGCCCUCGGUAUGCAGGAACCGCACCUUUGUCUCCACUGGGUCCGCGAGAGCACCGUGGGUUUGCGGCUGGCCGCACCGCGCCUGCUAUCUCAUCGAAUCCUCGUUCGGAGAUUUACAAUGCCGAGGCUCCCACUGCUGGUCUCGCCUACGCCUUCCCAGACCCGGACGUUGCCCGAUCGAACUCGUUUUCGGGCGACAAGUCCUCGCAGUUUUCGCGCAAGGCAAGCGCUACCGAAUCUCUAAACAGCAUUUACUCCGAGUCAUCACGGUUGCCUCACGGCCAACACGAACUGCCUCAAAAUGUACACCACCAUACUCUACAGCAUAAACAAGUUCGCGGCCUAAUGGAAUCGGACCCGCACACUAAUAAUACACCCUACAGCCGGACACCGGAGCUUCGAGUCACUCACAAAUUGGCAGAGAGAAAACGCCGGAGCGAGAUGAAGGAUUGCUUUGAAAGUCUACGGGCGCGUCUCCCACAAAACCAAAAUAACAAAUCCAGCAAGUGGGAGACACUAACAAGAGCGAUCGAUUACAUUAACCAACUGGAGGGCUCACUUCAAGUGGCGCGCAGGGACAUCGAAGUCCUGCGAGUGGAAAAUGAAGAGCUGCGUGCUCAGCAAGCAAACGGCCAGACUCGUCCUUUUGACCAUCAUGCGAUGCCUGCCCAAUCGAAUGGACAGGCGCAUGGGCCGAUCUUCUCCGGCUACAAUGCGGGACCUGGAAUGCACCAAGAUCAGCCGCGUACUCUCCCACCCAUCAUGGGCGGGUCAGCUGCGCCGAUGCAAGGCAUUCAGUACUCUGAUGACCGACGGUGAUCUGCAGUGGUUAGAGGAUGUCUCCUCGUUUGCUGCAUCCCGACUUUGACGAAAUUAUCUUGUCUUUCGCUACCUCCUCUCCUAUACCAUGUUACUUCUAGAUCACGGUGACGGCAUACUCCCAUACUUCUUCAAGCGAUGAAUCCUUUUGUGAUACCCCUGGCAACAGUCUGUUCGACAUUCAGGGGGCGUCUUCUUCUGUUUGCUAUAUAUACCUUGCAUCGCCUUCAUGAUUUGUACUUAUGCAUAGGGAGAGCUCCGGAGUGCGGGUGGACCUUGGUACGGGGAUGUUCUUCUUGAGGCUUAUACCAGAUGCGGGAUUUGUUAUUGUUACUAGUAUUGUUACUGGGGAUGGGGAACUAACAGGAAAUUGGGUUGGUAUCGUAGUCAUGGACUCCCCCAUAAAAAUCAACGCUGGCACGAACCAGUUUUCGAGACUCUGAUAUUGUUCACUUCGCAUUCAUGAUAGCCAGACAGAUAUUUAGAAACAAUCGGAUUGAAGAAUCGAUGAAACAUGACUCUAGCCAAUAAAAUCGCCGCGGAACAAAAAUAGCUCCCUCUGGCGCUUCC